GAGUAGGAAACGAAGGCUCGGGUAGGUUAGGUGAGUUCCCCAUGUCGUGGCGCUACUUAAGUGGCAAAGCAGAGACUCAAGCUCUGUUCUCCCCUAAGCCUGGCGCCCUCACCCUGGGUGAGUCUGGCAGCUACCCCAGCCUCCAGCGCCCCCCUCUGACAAGCCUGGGAUUCGCACGCCCGCUGCCGUCGGGGACAGGGUCUCUGCCCCUCCUCCGGGGCGGUGGUCCAGUGACGUCACCGCUUCUUUAAGACCCCCGCCUCCGCCCCGUCCCGACACUCGGCCUAGGAAUUUCCCUUAUCUCCUUCGCAGCUCCUUCAACCUCGCCAUGGCCUCUGCUGGAAUGCAGAUCCUGGGAGUCGUCCUGACACUGCUGGGCUGGGUGAAUGGCCUGGUUUCCUGCGCCCUGCCCAUGUGGAAAGUGACCGCUUUCAUCGGCAACAGCAUUGUGGUGGCCCAGGUGGUGUGGGAGGGCUUGUGGAUGUCCUGCGUGGUGCAGAGCACCGGCCAGAUGCAGUGCAAGGUGUACGACUCACUUCUGGCACUGCCACAGGACCUGCAGGCUGCACGUGCCCUCUGUGUCAUUGCCCUCCUUGUGGCCCUGUUUGGCUUGCUGGUCUACCUUGCUGGGGCCAAGUGUACCACCUGUGUGGAGGAGAAGGAUUCCAAGGCCCGCCUGGUGCUCACCUCUGGGAUUGUCUUUGUCAUCUCAGGGGUCCUGACGCUAAUCCCCGUGUGCUGGACGGCGCAUGCCGUCAUCCGGGACUUCUAUAACCCCCUGGUGGCUGAGGCCCAAAAGCGGGAGCUGGGGGCCUCCCUGUACUUGGGCUGGGCAGCCUCAGGCCUUUUGUUGCUGGGUGGGGGGCUGCUGUGCUGCACUUGCCCCUCGGGGGGGUCCCGGGGCCCGAGCCAUUACAUGGCCCGCUACUCGACAUCUGCCCCUGCCAUCUCUCGGGGGCCCUCUGAGUACCCCACCAAGAAUUACGUCUGACGUGGAGGGGAAUGGGGGCUCCGCUGGCACUAGAGCCAUCCAGAAAUCCAACAGCUUUGGGAUAGGUUGGUAUCUUUUGUUUCUGCCUUCCGCUAUUUUUCUUUUGACUGAGGGUAUUUAAAAUUCAUUUGAAAACUGAACCAAGAAGAUGGCUCAGACUCCCACUUAGGCUCUGCCGUUUCUCUCCCUUGGAUGAUGGAGCCAAUGAGGGGCUGCUUUGAGAUUUUGGAUCUUGACAUGCCCAUCUUAGAAGCCAGUCGAGCUGUGGAACUAACGUGGAGGCUGCUUGCUCUGCUGGCCUUUGCAACAAGAUAGACUGUCCCCAAGAGUUCCUGCUGCUGCUGGGGGCUGGGCUUCCCUAGACAUCACUGGACAGCUGCCCCCAUCCUACUUGGGCCUCUGGAGCUCCUCUCAUCACCCCCUGGAAAAGCAAGUGAUCUGUUAACAAAGGAUUGCCCACCCCCGGAACUUGUCACCUCUGGCUCCUCUGUCCCGAUAGGACGUCCACCCCCGGGGCCAGGUCCCAGCUAUGUAGACCCCCGCCUCCACCUCCAACACUGCACCCUUCUGCCCUGCCCGCCCCUUUACACUCAUAUUUUUACCAAAUAAAGCAUGUUUUGUUAGUG